UAUGCCUGUGCGCUUCACGACCGCUGCACCCGAAGCAAAGGGAAAGAGAAGGAAGAAUAGUGUGUGCAUCGGCCAUGGAGAGCUCCUCCUCGUCUCUGUUGUUGCCGAGUUCGUAUGCCGGCAACAACAAGAGGGCCAGGGAUGCCGACCUUGAGGCGGAGGCGGAGGCCGCCAAGAGGAUGCGGCCGGAGGACCUGCUGGACCUGCUCGACGACGACACCGACGCCGCGGCGGCCGGCGACCUGGCCUCCGUCAUGCGGAGCCUUGAGGAGGAGAUAUGCGCCGACGACCUGACGCCGCCGCAGCCAGAGCUAGGGUUCCUGCUCGAGGCCUCGGACGACGAGCUUGGCCUGCCGCCGGCCGCCGGGGCGUCCUCCUCGUCGGACGACGCUGGGGGCUGGGAACCAGAGGAGCCCGCCCGCGUGUUCGGGGAGCAGAUAUGGAGCUUCGAGGACGAGAUUGAGGGCGCCUACGCCUUCGGCGGCGUUGCCUACUCGCCGGAGGCCGCCGUGCCGGCUGCUGCGGCCGCAGCCGAGUGGGGCGACGACGGCUUCGACGCCUGCCUGUUUGGCUUCGGCGACGAGUCCUUCGGGCCGUCCGAUCUCGCCGUGCUUCGCCAGGAGACCAUGCCCUCCGUUUGAUCAGUCAUUAGUGAAUGGAUUAGCCUUUUCUUUUUUACCUUUGGCUAACAUUAGCUUUACCCUUUUUUAACCUUUGGGGAUGUAAAGUUUCUAGAUGCAAGAUGAAAACCUGUGGAGAAGAAACCUGGAAAAUGUGUUGCUUCGAAUGAAUCAUGUAGAGAGAAAAAAAAUCAUCCGAAGAAAAAAAAAUUCUCUCAAUGUUCCAGAAAAAAUAGCUUCAUAUUUAUGUUGUUCUUGGAAUUUUUCUUUUUAUAUGAAAUGAAAAAAAUUAAAUAAAUCCGCUAAAGUGUCUUUUA